GGCUUGAGGGAUGCAUUCUUUGAGACCACGUUCCAGCAGAUGUUUGUGGAGGGCCGCAGGUCUGGUAGAGAUGACCUACUCUUCUACGUCAAGUAUGACGUCAAUGAAGACAAGGACACAGUCGACGUGUUGAGGAGUGACUCUAGGACACUGCCUACCUGCUGUCACACAGAGAUUGUGGAGAAACUGAUAUCAGCUGGAGCUGUCAUCAACUACCAUGACAAGGAUGGAGCAACUCCACUCUUGAUAGCCAGUCAAGAUGGACACCUGGAGGUAGUUAGACUUCUGCUGAUGUCUGGAGCUAAAGAUCUACCUUAUAAGGAUGGACGUACAGCCAUGAGUGUCGCAAGAGCCAACGGUCAUCAGCAAAUAGUCAAACUUAUACAGCAGUACAAAGUUUAAACUACUCUACAUCUCUCGACUUCUAACACUGUAGCCUAGUUCUAUACUCUCUACACCAAAGGUCUUUUACAGGAGUACAAAAUUUACAGGAAAGAACACUCUACUUAACACUGUAGCUUAUCUCUUUACUAUACUACAUACCAGACUUACUGAAUUGUCUAUUUCCUCCUUUUCAAUUACAUACUGUGUUGUUGCUGAUUUUUGUAUGUCAGCGUAGUUAGUAUACAAACUGUACUCUAUGGUUUCGUUUAACAUUAUAUUUUGGUACACCAUGAUGUCAGAGAUUUGCAUGCUAGAUGCACUUGCCAC